AUGCAGGUUGAGAUUGAUGAGACUGUCCCGGCAGUGGCGCAGGAGUUCUUACCAGAGAUUGCGGCGGGCUAUCAGGAUCCGCGGCACGAGUUGGUCAUCAUGGAUGGCGUGCUCUGGGUGGAGGCGAAUCACGUCGAGAUGAGAGGUAGUUUCGAUUUAUGCAUCAUCGACUCCACCGAUGAUCCGUUGGGAAGCCAGUGGUCUGUGAAGUUUUUCCAUAACCUGCAGGCUUUGCUGGGUCCCCAUGGUGCAGUCGUGCAGAACAUCGGUAGUCAGAUGGAUGAAUUGGAGGAUUUCCGAAAGCUACAUGUGGGAUUUCAGAACCGCUACCUCAUCAACUGCAACACCCCGGAUUACCCAUCGCCAUACUUCAUUGCUUUUUUGACGGAGAGGCUCAGUCCUCAUGAUGUCAAUUGGACCUGGUGGUCAUCUUUGAACAUUUCCUCGGUCUAUUUCCACCCCACGAUUCACACCGCGCUUCUUUCAGCCCCUCGUGAGACGAUCCAGCUCUACCUGGAAGGGAUGGGCUGGCAGCCGCACGACGCCAACAGGUGUCGCCAUACGUUGAUCGACCGGCAGGGCUGGCAAAAGAAAGGUAGGACCCACGAACUCUGA